AUGGAUUGUAAGAAGGAAGAAGCACACCGUAGAGGCCCAUGGCUCGAAGAAGAAGAUGAACGGCUAGUAAAGUUCGUUACCCUUUUGGGAGAACGUCGUUGGGAUUCUUUAGCUAGAGUUUCCGGCUUGAAGAGGAGUGGUAAGAGUUGCAGGCUAAGGUGGAUGAACUAUCUGAAUCCGAGUCUGAAGUGUGGACCAUUGAGCCAAGAAGAAGAAAUUAUCAUCUUUCAGCUCCAUGCUCUCUGGGGCAACAAGUGGUCAAAGAUUGCAAGAAGAUUACCGGGUAGGACUGAUAACCAGAUUAAGAACUACUGGAGGACUCAUUUAAGAAAGAAAGUGGAAGCUCAAAACUAUGAUAAGAUCAUUGACUGGAGAGGAAAUAAAGGUGAAGAAUUGUUGCACAAGUAUAAGGAAACUGAGAUCAUGUGGACAAGGAUGAAGACUCGAGAAUAUGGCUUUGAUGAAACUGUGAAGGAAUAUAAGCAGAGAAACAUGGAGAAUGAUAAAGAAACCAAUGGUGUUAUUUGCGAAACAGAGCGCUUCGGUGUUGCGAAACAGAGCGCUUCGGUGUUACAUAGCCCUGUUCGUUUCAAGAACGCAGCGGCAGGGAGGAGCGACCAAAAUUUAAAGAGAACCAAAAUGAAUUGA